AAAACAUAUUGCAAUUCGUAAAAGACCAGUUUUCUGCCACGUUACACUGCAGUGCAACAAAAUAUUCCAGAGAAUAAAGUUUAUUAAUUACUUGUUUCCUAAAACAGCUGAAAAUAUUACAUUACAGAGUGUAAAAGUUUCAUAAACUGCUAACCAAACAUAAAAGUAGAAAAACAUUUUAAAAAAACAAAUUGAAAACAUAUUGCAAUUCGUAAAAGACCAGUUUUCUGCCACGUUACACUGCAGUGCAACAAAAUAUUCCACAGAAUAAAGUUUAUUAAUUACUUAAUUUCUAAAACAGCUGAAAAUAUUACAUCAAAGAGUGUAAUAGUUUCAUAAACUGCUAACCAAACAUAAAAGUAGAAAAACAUUUUAAAAAAACAAAUUAAAAACAUAUUGCAAUUCGUAAAAGACCAGUUUUCUGCCACGUUACACUGCAGUGCAACAAAAUAUUCCAAAGAAUAAAGUUUAUUAAUUACUUGUUUCCUAAAACAGCUGAAAAUAUUACAUUACAGAGUGUAAAAGUUUCAUAAACUUACCCAACAAUUGUUGAUAAAUACAAUCCAACUAAAGAUGAAAUUUAACAUGGAGGUACUGUACUUUCUUUUGCUUCUUGUAAACAUAAAUAAUAUCUACAUAACAGAAAGUACCAAUUAUGACGAUAACUAUGAAGAUCCAGAAGAAAUACAGGACGGCCUUCUUCACCUCCCUUAUUGCGCAUUUUUGAAUAUAUACAAUUAUUCGAAAUUAAUAGAGAAAUUUCUUACAAUGAGAACAGUAACCAAUCUACUUAUCGUAAUAGCAGAUGAUAUGGAAGACGGGAUAGUCUUAGCUAAUUUCUUGAGUAACGGAAAUAGAGUGAAAUUUGCUGUAGAAGAACUUUCUGAGAAUGAAGUAAUGCUACAAAAUGAAAUACUGCGAAAUUUUUAUUUCUUUUAUUCUAGUUUGAAAAAGACACACAUAUUCGUCUAUCCUUCAAACGCACCGAAUCAAGUAUUAGCACAAUAUUUAACGAACCAAACUGUAGAAUCGGCAAAUAGAUUAAAAGUUGCACUUACAUGUAAAAGUGAUAAUAUUAGAGAAACCUUGAAUUCUACGCUUUUGUUUACACUAAAUGUUUUGGAACUUGACAUGCGACAACGUCGUUGCGAAUUGGAGUACAACAUUAUUUUUAUCCCAUUAAAUAUACAUGAUUCUGGGAAAUGUAAAUUUGAAGUAGAAAAAUUGAAACACUACUUUUUUAUAAGCUUUGUAAGAUUCGGGACUACAGCUUAUAUUAAUUUUGAUUUGUUUGAAGACAGAAGUAUUUUCAAAACUUUAACAAGAGAAGAGCAAUUACACUUUCUUGUCUUAAAACCUCUUAUUGAUGAUGAAGAGCAUGUUAAUACUAUGUGUUCAAAACCUCAAAGUUUUUUAGAAAAUGAUUAUCUACUUCGUACGGAAGAAUUAAUAAAUCUUCGUCCUCCUCCAGUGCCUGAGACUAAUAUCAUAAAUAAUGAAUGUUUUCGUGAUAUACAAACAACUGAAACCUCUUUUAUAACAGAUUUGUCUAUUUUACCAGAUUGGUUAAUUCUAUCUAUCAAGAAUAUUACUAACAUUGAUCUUAAAGGCAAAGAAUCGGUCUAUGUAUUACUAGACAAGCUUUGUAUAAAUACAGAGAAACUUAAAAUCUUUCAAUUACUUUGUUCUACCAAGAACAUCAUUAACAAUGAAUCGAUAUUGUUGAACUAUUUUAAACAAAUUGUAAAUUAUUAUUCAGAACAGCAAAAAAGAUGGUUUUCCAUUUCAAAUGAUUGCUUUGAAAAUGAUAUGAAUACUGAAGAAUCCCAAACAUCAACUGAAGUUCACCAAACUGAUUACAAUAGGCAACCCAAAUUAAAGAAAAAUUUCUUUGGCUUUCAAGGAUUUAUUGAUGAAACAAAGAAAAAUAUGUUGCCGAUUUCAAACCAAUUGAAAAACUAUACUUGCAAAUAUUUUGAACUACCUGCAUUGAUUGAAUUAAAAAAAAUCUUGAUUACUAAGUUAGAAAGUGUUAACCUUCUUCUUGUGAUAGCAGUUGAUAUGAAAGAUGGAAUAAAGUUAGCUGAAUUUGUAAGUUCGAAAAAUAGAGUUGAUUAUCUAGAUGAAAUUUCAAUAAAAUAUCCAAUGACUGCAGAGAAUAUCAUGCAAAAUUAUUAUUUAUACUACAGCCGUCUAACAAAUACGUACAUUCUGGUCUAUCCGAGUAAUGCGCCUAAUAAAUUAUUAGCGACAUAUUUGUCAAAAAUUAUUAUAAAUUCUGUGUCAAAUAUUAAAAUAGCACUGACAUAUAAUGGUGGAAUAAACAAAGAUAGUUUGAAUUCCCUAUUUUUGUUUACAUCAAAAGUAUUAGAGUUGAAUAUUGAAGACUAUUUUAAGAUUCCCGAUAGUGUAAUUACCAUUCUACCAGCAAACAUUGAAGAAAAUUCAGAUUUAGCGCAUGAAUUAAAAAGGGAAAUACUUAAAAAUUUCAUAGCAAAAUUCAAAAGAUUAGAAGAACAGAGAGAGCUAACUUCGUGGUUCAACAAAAAAAGUAACAUUAUGAAUUUGCAUUAUAAAGACCUAUUGGAAUAUAUUAUAAUUCAACAUUCAGCUACUAAUUUCUACAAGUACCAGAAUGAAAAAAAUGUUCCUCUCAAAAUAGCUAGCGCUUUUUAUGAUACUAAUUACAUGUCAUCAAAGGAUAUUAUCAAUAUUCGUUAUUUGUUAAACAAUUUUUCUGCAAAUGAAGAAUGUAUAAGAAGUAUGUUUCCCCUUAUGGACGAGAAACAUGUGAAUAAACUUUCUGCAGUAGAUAUAUCAUCCCUAAAAGGUUUAUUAUCUUUUCCCACUUGGAUAAUCAAAUCCAAGCAGGAAAUGUCUAUAAACAAAUUUCAAAACGAUAAACUUGUUAAAAAAUUCAUAACCGAUAUUUGUAAUGGCUCAAACGAAAUUGAAAUUGUACAGAUGAUUUGCCUUUUGAGGUAUAUGGACGAUAUCAAUAAUAACCAAGAAUCCAAAUGGUUGAGUUUGUUGCAAGAUUAUAUCAUAAAUUAUUAUUACCAUGAAGAAAAACCGUGGUUUUAUCAAUUAGAAUUAAUUUAUGAAGACAUGCAUGCGAGUAAGGCAAUGAUGCAGACAAAAUUACAAAAUCUUUAUGAGGAAAUAUUUCAAAUUGAUAAAAAAAAGCAAGGUCUUAUGAUGGAAGCUUUUCACAUGGUGAAUAAUUCUCUUAAUUCAAAAAUCGAUUAUUCAUGCUCUGCAUUAAACAAUAAAAACUACAAACUGCAACUAAGGGGGACAAUAUUUAAUUUUAGUCAAAUUUUGUACACACAAUAUUGUCCUGGAAAAGUGAUAGUUUUGGAAAUGUUUGCUCUGGAUAAAAUUAUAAUCGAUGAAGAUCUAAUUAGUAAUGAAUUGCAACAAGUCAUUAUAAAUGCACCAAUUUGGGAAAUUAUUUCAAAAAGAAUUAUACGUUUAGAUGGUUCUCCUGGAGAAAAUACUUGGGGCCCAGAAACAUUUUCUGAUCGUAUAUAUGGUUUACAUGGUACACCCGGAGGACGAGGAGGAUCAUUCUUUGGAAUCGUUGAUAAUACUAUUAAUGGAGAAAACUUACGUAUUGAAAGUAAUGGAGGUAAUGGAAGUAACGGACAAGAUGGCCAUGAUUUGGUAUGGACUUUUGAAAAAAUUUCAUGGUGCGAUGAAUUUCGAGAGGAUUUUCAAGGCAGAGGAGGAAAAGGUGGAAAUCCUGGUAUUAUUGAAAUUUUCAAUCUACAUUAUGAUACAAAUUUUAAUGCAAAAUUAUUAUCUACUGACGGUAAUGACGGUAGGUCUGGUAAAGUUAUAAGAGAAGAAAUUAAUUAUGAUUAUUUUCGAUCCGUAAUUAUUAAAAAGGAAAGUUCUUGCCAACUAGAAGAAAGAAGAAUGAAAAAUGAACUAAGCAUUACUUCCUAUUAUUUAAAUAAUUUCCUUAAAUUGAAUUUCAGGAAAAGUGUUUCGAAUUACAUAAGCUAUAUUAUAAUAAGUAGUAACUUUAAUCCUAAAUAUAAAUAUUUAUACGAAAAGAUGACUAGCAAGAGAGUUGAAGAAAUGCUCUUUUCAUUUAUCAUGAAGAAAUUUUAAGGAAUAAUUAUUAUUCCUUAAUUAUUAGUCCAAAUCGAAUGUCAAAUAUUCGACGUUCGAACUGGGCUAACACGAAUGUUGAAUUUUCGACAUUCGAACUAGGCAAAAAAAUUCGAACAGUUCGGUUCUAAUUAUUUUGCAUAGCUCUAUAAACUAUAAAUCUACAAUUGUGUGGAGAAGGACAAUUUAUUGAGGAUAAUGUAAUAGAUGAUUGUUAAAAGAUUUAUAAAAAAUGUAGUUCAAUAAGUUAUAUGUCAAUACUUUAAAAUCUGGACCCGAAUAAUGAAAAUUUUAUGUCUAAGGUAAAACAAUUGAACUCCUUGAUGUUAGAACCAGACAUAGACCAUUGGCAUUAAAUGGGCUGCGUCUAGUUCGUGCAUCAAGGCGUUGAAUUAUUAAACUAAAAAUUAAUUUACAUUCUAUGUAUUGCUAAAAAUAUUUUAUUCCCAUUAAUUUUAAAUUUAAUAAAUCCAUAUAAAUUUAAA